AUGAGCAAAAGAAAUGUGUCUGUAAUCACUGACGAUAAGAACACCAUUAAGCCAAAGAUCAUCAAAUCAAGAACGGGCUGUUUGACAUGCAAGAAGAAACGAUUGAAGUGUGAUGAAGGUAAACCGUUCUGUCAGAAAUGUAAGUCAAAGGGCUUCAUUUGUGGUGGAUAUGUUACCAACUUUGUAUGGAAGCCAUUUGGAGAAACAUGUGGAAGUGGUGGGAAUGUUAAUAAGAAGAAGAAAUCAAAGAAAGAUAGAGAAAUAUUGGAUGUAUCUGGAUCAACGUCGUCAUCAACAGUUAUUUCCAAUGACACUGAUUCAACUGAUGGAGCUAGGGUUCCAAUGAAUGAUAGUAUUAGAAAACAUGUGGAAAUGGCAUCGCUCUCCAUUACUGGUAAAUCCAUAACUGAUAUGGAAAUUGAGCAUGAAUUGAUUUCCAAAGGUCUAAAUCCAAUUCUUCAUAAGAUGGUGGUCAAAGAAGAUCCACUGAACUCAGAAGAUGAUGAAGUCUUGAUAGAAUCCAAACCUUUGAAAAGAACUCAAAGCUUUAAUCAUACUAGUGAUUUCCAAGAACCUUUGGCGAUGAAUAUGCGUCGAAGUUACAGUUCAAAUAAUGCUGUCGCCAGUGUUAUUCAAGAACUCCGAAGAACUCAAACUCGUAGGUCAUCAAGAAGUGGUGGAGGUUUGGAUUCUUUAGCAAAUAUUGCUAUAGAAGAAAUCUCCAAAGGGUCACCUCCUCCAAUUUCUGAAAUUUCAGGUACUAUUAAAAUGUCACCACAAUCCUUUUCACCAAUGGGUGAUUUCAUGAAGAUGCCUUCACCUUCAGAUUCCAAAGAGAAUAUUCCUCCAGCUCAAACAUUCAACUUUUCUCCUCAAAUAUCUGCAUUAUUAAAUUUUGCUCUUAAUGAUGUCAGUAAUGCUACCAACAGUUACAAUGGCUUAAAACUGUCGUCCGAUAUGCCAUCUCCACUCAGUUUAUCUGUUCAACAACCACAGCUUCAAAUGAUAACACUAGAUGAACCAAUAAUACGAAGAAGCUCUUCAGCUUCCUCGGAGAAUGCACCACCACCUUCUCCAUUAAAUGAUGUGAUUAUGGCACUUUCUUCACCAAAAUCAUUAUCACCAUCAUCCAUAUCAUCUUCAUUCAAUUUAUUCCCCUCACCAAGCACUCCAGCCAGCUUAUCACUACUUGAAUCAAGUGAAAACGAUCAAAUCUUAUUUCUUUAUUCCCAAUACACUUGUUCAAUCAUGUCUAUUAAAGAUGGACCUAAUGAAAACCCUUGGAGGAACAUGAUUAUACCAUUAGCUCCGCGAUAUCCAUGUUUAUUCAACUCCAUUGCCUCAAUGACUCUUUUCCAUUUAGCCGGAAAUUCCGAUGUUGCUAGUGAUAGUGCUAAUCUCCGGGCCAGAGGUUAUUCCUUUAUGAAAAAAUGUAUAUUGGAAUUGGCCUCUAAUUUGAGUAAGAACUCAAUAUGUGAUGAAGCUCCAGAACUACCAGCAGAUAUAGUCUUAGCUAUUUGUUUGAACUUGGCAGUUAGUGAAUCUUGGAAUACUCAAACUUCCUCGGGCAUUGCGCAUCUUAAAGGUGCCAAAAGCAUGAUUAUCAAAGUAUAUUCCAUGUUAAGGGAACAAAAAAAUGUCCUUAUAGUUAAGAAGAAUGAAAUUUCAAAGAACCCUGAUGCCAAUAAUUUUGAAGAAUUGGAUGUGUUAAUCAAUGGUCAUAAAAGAUCAUUAAAGAAGAAGUUGGUACUCUUAAAUGAUUCUGAGUUAGAAUCAAUGUUUGAAGAAGACGAUUCUCCCAAUAAUAAUAAUAGUAAUAAUAAUAAUAACAGUGUUAGCAUCCAAAUUCCUCCAAGUGUUCAAUUCUUAUGCAACAUAUGGGUAUAUUUUGAAGUGUUGUGUCAUAUGACUUCAGAUUCAUCUUGUGAUGUUAAAGGUGUGGAUUUGGUUGCAACUAUUUCUGCUAAUCAAGAGAUGCUCCAGUCUCGUAAGAAGAAAGCCAUAGAAAAGCAACAGAAUAGAAUUCUGUAUGGCGCCAUUGAUACUUCACCAUCCAGUGAACUGAGCUUUGAGAGUGAUAAGAAUCUCUUUGAAAACUUUGACGCCUUUAAUUUCGAUCGUUCUGAAUAUGUUGAUCCGUUACUAGGAUGUUCACAAUCACUUUUCGUGAUAAUGGGCAAGGUAGCUAACUUGAUAAAGAAGAUUCGAAAGCUGAAACCCAGUCUAACUCGGAAUAGCUUAUCAGUUAUCACUGUGGCUACUCAAUUGAGACAACAAUUGAUUGAAUGGAAACCUACAAUUACUGCCAGUAUGAUUUCUCAACUGGGAGCCCCUGGUGGGAUAUUUAUCGAGUCUAAAACAAAUUCAACUUGGGAUUUAUCUUCAUGUAUUGCAACUGCAGAAGCCUAUAGAUAUGCAACAUUGUUAUAUUUACACCAGGCAGUCCCCGAAAUUCCGUCAGUGGCAUCUCAUAAACUAGCGGAAAAGAUAUUCCUUUUAUUGGCUUCAAUUCCUACUACUUCUCAGACAUACAUUAUUCACAUUUUCCCGUUAUUGGUGGCAAGUUGUGAAGCUGAAUGCGGCGAAGAAAGAGAAUGGUGUCGAGAUCGGUGGGUACUUUUAGCAGAGAAGAUGUGGAUUGGGAAUAUAGAUAGAGCAUUUGAAGUGGUGAAGGAAGUAUGGAAAAGGAAAGACGAUUACGAAAGAAAGAAACGUGAAGAAGAUGGUUCAUGGUCAUUCCUUAACACCGAUGAUGACGAUAAGACCCGAGUCUUUCUGGCCCAAAUGUCUGGACUUAUGACUAUAAUCAAUAAUGAUGGAGGUUCCAAUUGCCAGUUGGAUGACAUCAUGGGAGGUAUAAACUCAAAGAUGCAUUGGACUUCUGUGAUGAAGGAAUGGGGUUGGGAAGUUUUAUUGGGGUAA